AUGAAAAAGUUGUCAAUCAUCAAAUAUUCUUCUAUGAAAAGUCAAGAUGGUAAAGAGACUACAAUUUCCAGAGGCUACGAAUCGACCACCAAGGAGGAGGCACAGUCUUGGAAACCAGCUCGAGAUAAGGCACAUACCACCUAUCUAAACACCAUGAUAGAAAUGAAUAAGAUUGCCAACAAUAAUUUAACACAUGUGCACAUGAGAAAGUUUUGUUUCUUUAUAAACAACAACAGAAUAAUCUAUAUCAAAAUAAGAUAUUUCGUAAUGAAUAUUAAUUUAAAAUCUAUUAUAAAUCAGCUUCGAUCAAAUGAUCAAACAGAUAUUUAUAAUGGAUAUGAUCAAUUAAUUAAUUAUGUUAAAUUUAAUAUCGUUGAGAGUAAAUCGAUUAUAGAUAUUUUCGAAUUUAUUAUACCACAUUUGAUGGACCAGGAAAUCAGUGAUGAACUUCACUCAAAGGUAUUGGAAGUUUCGAAUUUCAUGAUCGAUUUCUUUGCGGAGGAGCAUCAGGAGAUUAUCGCUGUGCUGUUGGACACCAUCAGUCAGUAUGGAUUCAUCGGUAACGAGAACAACGACAUCGUCGAGAAGGUAGAGAAUCUGAUAUCUACCAUACUGAAAUGUGGUGGACUGGCUGCCGUCGAUAUGCUGGCACUCCUCUUCUCGCAGUGGAUCUGCGACGAUUCCUGGCGAUGUCGACAACACAUCGUCAGCCUCAUGACAAUGGCAAUUACAUCGUCGUUGUUGGACGUUUCCAGCUUGAUCGCGAAAUAUCCCGAUCUAAUUGAAAAUGUAUUGUCGCUGCUUGGCAAUGAUAUGGACGAUGAGGAGCUCAACCAACUCGUCUCGAUCAUGCACAACGAAGCCAAAGAUAGUUUAGAACGAUUCAUACUCUCAACACUCAAAGACAAACAAUUAAAAUCACAGUUAAUUAGUAAAUUGGAAAUACAUCAUCCAAUUGUCUCAACACCAACAGAGACAACAGUGAGAGCAACCAAACCGACUUCAUCUAUUUUUAGUAGUUCUAUUAAACAAAAACCAACUUUAUCAUCUUCAACAAUCAAGUCCAAUAAUAACUUAUCGAAAUCAACAACAACAAGAGCAAUUGGAUCUAGACCAACUAAAAAUAAUGAUCCAUUUGGAAUGUUAUUAUUAAAUCAAGAGUUGGAUGAAGAACAACUGGAAAGUAAAUUGAAAGAGAUCAUUGAUAAAUUAUCAGAUUCAAGCUCUGAUUGGAGUAUAAAGGUUAAUAACCUUAUAAAGUUACAAGUUUUAAUGAGAGCUGGUGCUGCAGAUCUACCUAUAUUCCAUAGUUUAUUCACAAAGUUAAGAGAUCCAUUAAUAUCACUAGUUAAAGAUGUGAGAUCACAAUUGAUAAAAGAAGCAUGUGCAACCAUUGCUGUCGUAGCGGAAUUUAUGAAGAGUCAAUUCGAACCAUAUGUCGAUAGAUACAUUGAGCUUUUGUUAACGAAUGUUAUAGUUACAAUUCAGAUUAUUUCGCAAUCAAGUGAUAAUUGUAUUAAGAGCAUCAUUACAGCAUCGAAAUCGAUUAAAGCUCUACCAAGAUUCGCAGAGAUGUUGAAGCACAGUAAGAGUCCUGUAAUGAGAUCGAAGUGCCACGAGUAUAUACUUUUACUUUUGCAAAUUGUAUCGCCAGCGAUAUUGGAGAAACAAGAGGAUGCUCUUGAGAGAUCUAUUCGUGCAGGUGUGAGCGAUGCCGAUCCCAACACUCGAAAGUUAGCAAGACAGUCGUUCCUCGCCUACUCUGCACACUUUCCACACAAAACAGAACAGCUUCUCCAGUCAUUCGAUUUAAGCGCCAAGAAGCUAAUCAUCAAAGAGAUGCAGUCUUUCAAUCCAACAUAUGAACUAUUAGCAUCAUCAUCAUCAUCCAACAACAACAAUAAUAAUAACGUACCAAAACAACAACAACAUUUCACAAAGAAUAAUAAUAAUAAUAAUACAAAUAAUCAUCAAGUUUUAUUUAAUUCAACAAAGAAUCCAAUAACACAAACAACAAAAAUAACAACAACAACAACACCAACUACAACAACAAGUCAUCAGAUCAGACCAUUAACAACAGUAUUGAAACCAACAUUAUCGAAAUCAACAACAUCAUUAGCAAUUGCGAAUAGACCAGCUACACCUUUGAACAAUGUAUCAUCCAACGUUGGAUUAUUAAAGAGAAAGCCAAUUACAUCAUUAUCUUCAACAACAUUAUCAUUAUCAUCAUCUACAACUGCAAAAACAACAGCAACAACAACAACAACAGCAAUGAUAAAACCAACUUCAACAUUAUUACAAAAAAGAGGUUUUAAUAACAUCGACGAUGAUAUGAUCAAAUCGAAUCUUAAACAUAUUAAAUUAGACAAGGAGAAUCAACAUCAUAAUAUAUUACACAGUAGACCACCAACACCAAUCGUUCCUUUAACGACAUCUAUCAAACUUCACUCUGUAAAGAAACCUCCAACCAUUCCAACAUCAAAGACAUCUCAACAAUUUGUAUCAUUCUUUAACAAUAAUAGUAAUAAUAAUAGUAUUAAUAUUAAAAAUAAUAAUAAUAAUAAUUAUGAAUUGAAAUCAUCAGUUUCUUCAGUACCAACCACAACAGUAAAUCAACAACAAUUAACUAUUUCACAACUACUUGGUCAAAAUAACAUCAACAACAACAAUAAUGUUAAUAUUAGAUAUAAUAAAGCGAAUCAACAAACAACAAAAACAACAUUGACAUCGAUCAUGUCAACACCACCACCAGCAUCACAGCAAAACAGACCAAACAACUACUUCCAAAAUUCAUCGAAAAAAGCAGCCAUGCCAAACAGAACAUUGAUGCCAUUGUCAUCUUCAAUCAACAGCGAACUAAAAAUAUCAGAUCUAGGACUGUAG